AUGCGACGAGCGAUCAGUAAGAUUCUGGCGACAUGGGUCCACGAGGUUGUGCUGCUCGAGGGGAUCGUUGGGGCGUUGUUGAUGACAGGGUCGCGAAGACAGGACGGGGGGAGUGUCGUGCUCCGAAGAGAGAUCGUUAGCGCCGGUAAACUGAUAUCAAAUGCCACGGGGGGUUUAAGUAGCCAGCACCGUGGGAGGGACAACCACCGGCUGGAAGAGAUCAGAGAAGAUGAGAUCUGCUGCGGUUCAGGUCGAUCAUAUCUUUUCCCUCUGGGAUACUCGCCCCUUUCCCGACAGGCUUUCGCGUUUGCGGCCAUGCCCCCUUUCAGCCGCAUCUCACGUGAUCCACCGCAAUGUCUCGCGGUUCGCCCGACGCAGCCAAUCAUUACGCGUGAAAGGGUCCCGCGGUGCGUCAUCGUGUCAGGCAAGAGGAAAGCGUCUCGUGAACUUGAUUCUAUAAUUACCAUGUCGCCGUUCCAGCAUCCAGGAACCCGACGGCAGGGCGCGGGGGCAACUGGGAAUGCCCUCAUCUGCUCCAACCCCACUCUGUUCGCACCAGAGAAAUUCCACACGCGACGCUUUGCGUGCUUUCUCAACGAGGUUCUUACAAACGCUUUGAUUCAUGCGGGCCAACUCUUCUGGAUCUUUCUCAUACGGUUGUCUGUGUUGCUCCGUAUCCUAUCAAACCCCUAG